CCCCCACUCUCAAAAUCAAUAUUUUCCAUAUAUACUUAGCAUCAAAAUCACAUUUUUUUAAUUCACAUUUUCAUUUUCUAAUCUCAAUUUGUUCGAUUUUGGAUACAUGAAGAAAGAAGUUAAUUGUGAUGGAUCGGUCAACGGUCAACGCCCUCCGCCGCUGCGGACCGGCAAGGAUUCACACUCCAUCCAAAAACCGGCGACGGCGGCAAGGCGGCAGCCGGUGAUCAUAUACACGCACCCGCCGAAGGUGAUCCGCGCGGCGCCCAACGACUUCAUGAAGCUCGUGCAGCGGCUCACCGGACUAUCGAGCGGCGACGACGGAUCGCCGCCGGCGCCGGCGCAGGCGGAGGAUGUUUUAUCCGGCGAAGAGAAUAGUUGCGAGACGGCGGAAACGAAGCCGGAUCCGGCGAUGUACGAAAUGUCGAACGAGUAUUUGGUGGAGGCGGCGGGAUCGGGAGAUUUCUUCUGCUCGCCGCGGACGAGCGCGGUGUUCGAGUCGGCGGUGGCGGCGACCGCGAUCUCGCCGUCGAUCGUGGAAUACAUGAAGAUGUAUCCGGAUUACUUGUGAAGAUUGAAUUGAUGAAAAUGGUGAAAUUAUUUCAUUUUUUUAUAUAUGUUAAUUAUGAUUUAGGUUUGGA